CAAGUCAAUGGACGCUCCUUUUUUGGUAUUCUAGAUACCGGAGCUGAUGUAUCGGUCAUAAGAGAGGAGGAGUGGCCCUCUGAGUGGCAGACCGACAGCGCACCGUCGGUUCGGGGAGUGGGAUGAGUCCAACACGCACGUGUGAGCAAACACUGGCUUUCUGUGACCUCAGAAGAAACAUCAGUCACUGCCCACAUUAAACCUGUCAUUCUUCCACUUCAUACUAAUCUGUGGGGUCAGGAUUUGAUGAGUCAGUUCAAUGCAAAAUUAAUUUUGGAUUAAGAUGUCUCAAUAAAGUUAAACCUCUUGACUGACACCCCAGUUUGGGUGGAUCAGUGGCCUUUAACCAAAGAAAAAUUAGCCGCUCUGGUGCAAUUGGUAGAUCAACAAUUAGAGUUAAAACACAUUGAACCCUCAUUGAGUCCUUAUAACACUCCAGUGUUUGUCAUAAAGAAAAAAUCUGGAAAAUGGAGAAUUUUAAGUGAUCUCCGGGUUAUCAAUAAGAUCAUUCGCCCCAUGGGAGCGCUCCAAUGCGGUUUACCUAAUCCUAAUUUGAUACCAAAAGACUAUGACCUUAUGGUUAUAGAUUUAAAAGAUGCAUUUUUUUCUAUUCCACUACACCCAGAGGACAAACACCUAUUUGCUUUUACUGUGCCUGAAAUGAAUAACUCCAAGCCCACAGCCAGAUAUCAAUGGACUGUCUUGCCUCAAGGAAUGCUAAACAGUCCUACAAUAUGUCAAUAUGUUGUCAAUCAGGUUUUAAGACCAUAUCGGGACAAGUUUCCUCAUUUUAAAAUUUACCAUUAUAUGGAUGAUAUUCUAGUGGCAGCUCCAGGGCCCUCAGGUACAGUAUCAGCAACCUUGCCUGUUCUAACCUCCAUUUUUCAAACAAAUGGGUUUUUUAUUUCACCUGAAAAAAUUCAGCUUAAACACCCCUUUCUGUACUUGGGCCACAAGCUUUUAGCCUCACACGCCGAGCCUCAGCUGUCUAAGUUGUGUCUUCCACCAUGCCCAACCUUAGUCCAACUUCAACAAUAUUUAGGAUCAAUUAAUUGGGCCCGUCCCUACAUGGGACUAACCACCUCUCAAUUGGCUCCAUUGUUCUCUGCUCUUACGCAGGGAAAAAAUCCAGGAGAUAAGAUCGUGUUAACUCAACAACAACUUAAAACUUGUGACAUCAUUCAACAUGCAUUGUCAAAAGUAUGGGUCGAUCGUGUUCAGCCCAAUAUGCCUUUUUCUAUGCUAAUUUUCAACACUGUUGACCUUCCUACAGCAGCUUUGGCUCAGAUCGUGUCUAACAAAAAAAUGAUGAUUGUAGAAUGGAUCCACUUAUCUCACACCCCAAAGAACACCAUUUCACAGAAACAUACGCUCUUUGCUCAGCUUAUAACAAAAUCUCGCUUUAGGGCAAAGGCUUUAGGGGGUGUUGAACCAUCCUUUUUAUAUAUCCCUUGUUCGCUAACGGCUUGGGAAAGUUUGUUGGCCAAUUAUGAAUCUUUGCAGCAAGCACUUGCUGAUUGGCCAGGAGAAGUGUCUUGUCAUCCACCAUCAGAUCCUCGCAUUUUUUUAUUAAAAACAGUCCCAUUUAAAUGGCAAUCUCCUUAUGUUUCUUUCCCUUUAAAAGAAGCAAUAACGAUGUUUGCAGACGGCAGCAAGACUCAUGGAGCCUGUGCUUGGAAAGAGGAGGGUAAGUGGUGUACAAAAAUCACCCCCCCACAGACGUCAGCUCAGCGCUCUGAGUUAGUGGCAGCCACAAUGGCAUUUUUUCAUUUUAAAGAUCAACCCUUUAAUUUGAUCCUGGACAGUUUAUAUGUUACCCAAAUUGUCAAAACCAUUUUUGAUUCUUAUUUAGCACCAAAUGUCUCCAUGGAUCUGUUAACAUUAUUUUUGGACUUGCAACAUCUCAUAAACGAUCGGAAACACCCAUUUUUUGUUGCCCAUAUUCGUAGCCAUCAGCCUUUUCCAGGUCCACUCCAAGAAGGCAAUGAUGUUGCCGAUGCUGCCGCCUCACAAACACCUCUUAAUAUGCCACUCACUUUUUUAACCCCUUGGGAAAGUCACUCCUAUUUCCAUCAGAAUAAGAAAGCAUUAAUCAAACAAUUUAAUCUUUCAGCUGCUGAAGCUACUGCCAUCGUUCAGCAAUGUCCAACCUGUAGCAAGCAAGCACACUCAAUACCACUAGGAGUAAAUCCUCGUGGUUUGGAGAGCUGUCAAAUUUGGCAAAUGGAUAUUACUCAAUAUCCUCCCUUUGCCCCUUGGAAACAUCUUCAUGUUUCUAUUGAUACAUAUUCUGGCUUUAUUAUGGCUUCCCCCCAGAGGGGUGAGGCCACUAAACAUGUUAUCAAUCACUGUAUUCGGUCAUUUGCACUGUUAGGACGCCCCAAAGAACUUAAGUCAGACAACGGACCUGCUUAUAUUAGCUCUGCUUUUGCAGAAUUCUGUACAAAAUGGUCCAUUGUUCAUAAAUUUGGCAUUCCGUAUAAUAGCCAAGGUCAAGCCUUGGUUGAGCGAGCAAAUCAAACAUUAAAAACAGCUCUCAAUCGAUAUUUAAAUGAAAAGGGGAAAAUCGCCCCUGGCCUCCCAGCAGUGCAAAACAUCCUUAACUUGUGCCUUUAUACACUGAACUUUUUAAAUCUGACGGGCGAUCCACCAUCAACAGCUGCCUCUCGUCAUUUUUCAACAGUCCCUCCCCCUACUUCAAGACCUCCAGUCUACUAUCGACGGCUUCCAGACCCCACGUGGAAAGGUCCUGCAGAGCUUAUCACCUGGGGGAGAGGCUACGCUGCAGUAGAUGAUCAUGGCAAAAUCAUUUGGACUCCAGCUCGCUGUGUUCGUCCUUAUUUGGUUCAAUCUCCACCAUCCUAACCAGACAUCAGAUGACCAUGGACCCUGGGCCCAUAACUCUUUUAUGAAAGAUGUGCAGAAUAUUUCUCGCCUUUUGAACAAGACUGAGUGUUGGAUGUGCAUGCAUAUUCCAACCCUGGAGGAGGGGGGACUUUUUAUGCAUGCGGUGCCUUUUAAUACAACUGGUUGGAAACAAUUUCCUUGGUCUAGAGGGACUCUUUCCAAUGCUAUGGUGAAUUAUACGGUAUAUACAAUAGGAAGCAGAAUCCAGGAAAAAGCAGCGUUUUGUUGGGAAUAUAAGAACACUGCUAAAAACUCUGUUUUAGUAGGCAGAUACCCAUAUUGUAACAUCACAUUUCAACUUUCAAACAACAUGACUAGACCACAUCCAUUUAAGAAAAUUCCUCUUUUUGAACCCCUCGAUGACUUUUCUGAUUAUAUGUGUACCUAUCAAAUAACUGGAUGCUCGCUAUCAACAGGAUGUUACCCCGGCAACACAGACACGAUGUCCACACUCUUCCUUUGCAGUAUUGUAAGAGCCAUGGCUCGCCAAACUGUGCAAAGCUCCAACACGACUACAAAUAUAUUAAGUAAUGUAUGGAUGCUUUGUGGCCGGCGGGCAUAUCAACGUAUACCCCCACGGUGGUCUGGCCGUUGUACAUUGGGCUUUCUUGCUCCCUCAGUUUUUGUUUCAGAUCAGCCACCUUCAGGCCGUUUGCGCAAUCGAAGAGAUCUAGAAAAUGGCCUGGGAGGACCUGGCAGUACAGGAACGCAAAUUGCACGAUCUAUAUUUCCAUCUAUGGGGGUAGCCAUGAAUUACAGAGACAUCUAUGCAUUAAAUAACUGGACUAUGCACAUGUUCAACGCUACCAUUCAGACUACCAAAUUGUUAAACAAGGAAGUGGCAGAAAUACGAGAGAUUGUUCUACAAAACCGUUAUGCUUUAGACAUUAUCCUUGCCUCGAAAGGAGGAGUAUGUGCCUUAAUCCAUUCUCAUUGUUGUGUUUAUAUCUCUGAUUACAAAGCCAAUAUCACAGGUACCAUUGAGCAUAUGGAAGACAUGGUUCGUCAUGAUCCAUUACAAUCUGACGGAUCUGGCGCAAUAAACAUUUGGGAUGCCCUAUGGUCUUGGUUACCUGACGGAACCUGGCUGCGAUCUUUAGUUUCUGGAACUGUCACCCACCAACAGGUCAAUUUAGUAACUACACCUAUCACUGCAGUUCAGCAACCCUUGCUAACUAAACCAGCCUUCACUUUGCCAAGCGACACUGAGGAUGACUUCCUAUAAAGCGCAACCUCCUUAUUUUUUAAAUAAAACAGAAAAGUAGGAGAUGUUGG